AUAACGCAACCCGACCCGACCAAAUGUGAUACCAGACGUCCCGUGAACAUUAAUUUUGUUAUUUUUUCCAGCACUGUUAUGUAGACACACCGCUGUGUACAGGAGCGUUUCACGAAUCUCCGAUCCAAACACAAACCUCAGUUCGGAUAUGCUGGUGACGCGUUAGUCAGUCAUGACGUCGCCAAAUCGAUUCGAGUCGUUGUCUCCAUUCGAGUCGUUGUCUCCGUUCGGGUUCUCCGACGAGGAAGAUCUGCGGUUGUGCGUUAUUAAAGGUUUAGACGAGCACUUUUUAAAUUCGAUAACCGAUUACGACACCGAAGAACUGGAAAAAGUCUUAAACGAGAAAUAUGUCGUCGAAAAAGAUCAAGAGAUGACUUUGCUUAUCGAAGCUUCUCUGAGGGGACGUACAAAAAUCGUGAAGUACAUGUUGGAACAGCUGUGCAAUGUCAAUUUGGAUGCUCAGGGAAAGGUUUUUCAUUUUGAUUCGAUAGUCGAUGGAGCUACAGCACUUUGGUGCGCGGCUGGUUCUGGACAUUUAGAUAUAGUCCAAGUUCUGCUUGGUUGUGGGGCAACUGUUGACCUUUGUACUAAAACAAAAUCCACUCCUUUACGAGCGGCUUGUUAUAUAGGAAGAGAAGAUAUUGUUGAAUGUUUGAUUCAAUAUAGGGCUGAUGUCAAUAGAACCAAUAUAUUUAAUAGCACAUGUCUUAUGAUAGCUUCAUACAAAGGCCAUGAAAAAGUCGUAAAACAUUUAUUGCUAAAUGGAGCUGAUGUUAAUAAACAAACCAACUGUGGUGCAACAGCCAUGCAUUUUGCUGCUCAAGCUAAUAAUAUUAAAGUUAUACAACUACUCUUAAACUCUAAUGCUUGGCAAAUGAAAAAUCAUCAUUCCUUAACUCCUAUUUUGGUUGCUGCUGAAAGAACACAUUAUGAACUCGUAAAAUAUCUCCUCAGUGUAUUACAUUUGACUCGUAAAGAGCGUAUUGAAGUUGAAGAAUUGCUAGGUGCUUCAUUUUUGAAUGACAAAGACAGUUAUGAUAAUAAUCUAGGAUUUGCUCUUCUCAAACAUUCAAUGGAAAUGCGAUUUGAUGGUGAUCCAAUAAUACCUAAAGAUGUUUAUAAAAAAGUAGAUGCUUACAACAAUCAAGUGGAAUGUCAAAAUUUAGAAGAUUUAAUGAAAAUAAAACUCAAUAACUCAGCUUUACAUUAUGAAUCAUUGAUUAUUAGAGAAAGGAUUUUGGGAGUACAAAAUCCAGAUAUAUUGCAAUCAAUAAUAUAUCGUGGAGCUGUUUAUGCAGAUUCACAAAAUUUUUCACCUUGUUUAAAACUUUGGAAUCAUGCCAUGAAAAUAGCUCAAAGAAAUCACUUAGGUAUCAGGAAAGAUCUUUUACGGUUUACUCAGGUAUUUUGUCAAAUGAUUAAAGUCAAUAUUAAUAUCAGACUAUCAGAUUUAAUUGACAUAUUGCAAGUAGCAAUUAAAGAAUUUAAAAUUAAUCAAAAAAAAUUAAUUGGAGAUCUUUCAGUUGAUGAUAGGGAAGUUAUAGAGAGAGAAUAUUUUUCAAAUAUAUAUUCAACACUUGGUUUAAUUAUUAUAACCAGUAAUGCAUUAGAACAUACUGAUAAUGUAAAUGAUCCGCUAAAAGGAGAUUUAAUGAAAAUGAUAGUAGAAAUAAAUAGACUUGAUCUUAGAACAAGUUCUAACCAAACAUUACUUCACUUAUGUUUAGAUUAUGAUACUAAUGUGGAUAAUAUUUUCACCACUGGAAUAUGUUGUUUUCCAAAUUAUCAUACUAUGAAGUUAUUAAUUUAUUGUGGAGCAGACAUUAACGCAAUUGACAAUAAUAAUAAUACACCACUUCAUUAUAUUGGUAAAUUCAUAGAAGAUUUUCCUCAUAUACCUCAUGAAAGUGAUUAUUUGGAUUCAAAAAAGAUGGUAAUUGAACUAUUAAAUGCUGGUGCUCAUACAGAUUUUGUAAACAAAUGUGGAGUAUGCCCUCAUACUGGUUAUCUAAAAACUUUAUUUAAUUUAACAAAUAACACACCAAGAAGUUUGAAGUGUCUAUCUGCUAUAGUACUUAAGAACAAUACUCCAAGAGAAUUUUACAUCAAUCAAUUACCAAAAACAUUGAAUUUAUUUACUAGUUUACAUUAAGUUCCAAAAUAUUAUUUUAAUGUGUAUUACUAAAAAUUGAAUA